UUGCUUUUCCCACCCUGGAGAAGAGCCUUCAUUUUUAUGAGCAGUGGUUAGACGCACAAAUGAGGGGAAGGUCUAGAUUAAUCUUUACCAGUGUUGGCUCUUAACUGCACACACCCGUGUUUGGCAUUAUGUCUUCAGCUUCCCCUGUCCUUAACAUGCAGCAAGGUAAAUAUUCACUUACAUUUGCUCUUCACCUUGGCAUUUAUGUUAUUUGGGGAGCAGACCCAAUGCCCCUUUGCAUAUAGUGUGAUGUAGAACAAAUUGCAUAAGGACCUCUGUUUGACACAGUAGGCCUGAAGAUGGUCCCCUUAAUGUAAUUUGUCGUGGGUGAAUCCACUGUCUCUGAGAACCCUCUGUUUCUCUUUGGACAGAACUGGGGUGGUGGGUGUGGGGGUUGGGUGUGUGUGUGCUCACAUGUGCCUUUCUUGGACAAAGAUCAAAUCACAGCUAGCACUUUGCGAGAGUAAAACAAGUGCACAACAUGCCACAGAUCCCUCUUUCCACAUGUCGUAGGAAUGGCACUAGCUGUAAACAUUGUCUCCUCAUUUGCUUGUGACCAUUCUGGUUCUGAAGAUGGCACAGCUCCAAAGAAAGAAAUAGCUGAAGUUGCUUGAAAGCUGAACAGCUCUUGACUUGCAGAAACGCAUCAGGUCACCUGUUGCCUUAUCCCAUCCUGAUCCUUUCCCAAAGCAUCUGAUAAGUCCCUGAAGGAGAGAGCCAGGCAGCCUGCUGCUGAGUUUCCAAUUGAUGCCAGCAAGGCAGGUGUGCCGGGGAUCUACAAAACUGCUACCACUAGCAGAAAGUCCCCAGAUAUCAGCAUUAAUCAGGGAAGCUGCUGCUUGGAACCUUUCCAUGUUUUGAGGAUGGGAAAGGGAAGCCAGAUGGAAGGAAGGGACAUUUAAAAGUUAUGUUGGUAUUGAAACAUCCCACAUGGUUGAUCAGUUGGCAAGUCACCAACUUUGGGCUGAAUUUGUCUGAGAUGUAACCUCACUGAAAUCUUUAUUGGUGCAGGCAUGUGCCUGUCCUGUAAAGGUCAGGUGUGUCAAACAGUCAACAGCACGGAGCUGCUCUCUACUGUGCUGGCUUUAUGAAUACCUUAAUUACACAGGCUGUCAAAAUUUCUUUGAAAAUAGGUUUAUGGUGCCUCUGUCUAUCAAAAUCUUUUUUCAAGUGUGAUCUGUUUGAGACUAUCUUCCCACUCAUGGGUAGUUAGUGUUCAGUGAUGUGCCAUGAGUGAGUCAGUGGUAUAAACGAAGAGAACACUGCUGCCUGGCCCUUAAAAUACAAACCUCCUUUAUGGCCUGGGACGCAUCAAAAGCAUUCAAGAAGUCCAAGACUGAGAUGAGGUUAGAUGAGGCUGGCCUUCUUGCAGGCUGGGUGUCAUCAGUGACACUUGCAGUGGGCCCUUGUGACCCUCAUGGGCAGGAGGUCUCAUAGGUGUGACGUAGAGUGAGACCGAUAUUCCAACCUGCCUCUUCUGCCUGCUACUCAGCUCAGUUGACUAGAGACAAAACUAUCCCAAAGCACAGGGAGUUACAUGUGUAGUAUAUGGAGCACUGGAAAGCUGCACUCUCCUGGCUUAUGUCACACUUGUCAAAAAGAUUGGCUGCCAUGGAGUUAAAGGGAAGCUUUGUUGCCCUGGACAUUAAAAUCUAUUUGUUUCUUCUUCAGCAUGUGUAAAUAUAGGCACCCAAAUGCAUGUCCAGCUGCAAAGCCUAUGAAUCUCCUUCCAGUGUGUUCUAAGAUUUGAUCCUCUGGAUAUGAUGAGAAUUAGCGGAGGCUUUGCUGGAGGUCAUAGCAGUUUGCAGAGAGAUAAGAAUUUGUGGUGCCAGGUCUGGGAGGGCACAGGAACUUGUUGGGGCUCCCAGCAUCUUCCAACAGACCACUUGGAAAGCAGACAACAAUCAAGCCGUGAUAUCUUCAGAGCUCCAGGAGGGGGCCUGUUUUAGUUCAGCUCCACCGUGGUGGCUCAGUUCCUCUUAGGCUUCGUUGGGUGUCCUGUGGAAUCACAGCUACAUAAAUAGGGUGGUAAAGGGGGCAACAUCAUCCUGUGUUUAUGCACACUGCUUUCUCCAGAGAUGAAACCCACAAAGCAGGUUAGGUUGGAACCCGCCCAUAGGAUCACAAAGACAUGAAUUCGGGUGAAAUUGAGAUUCAGGCCCACAUUUUGUUUAGAAUGUGUUUAAGUCGCUGCAACUGUAUAAGACAGUUGGAAUUUUUCCUGAAUGCUCCCCAGCAUGAUGAGAGAUGGUAGUUGCCACACAUCCGGGCAACUGACAGAUAAUUAAAGUUCUCAUGAUUGUGUAAACAUAAGCUCCCACCACACUGGGGUGCCAUUAGAAGGAAAAUUUGCCAGACAAAAUGGUCAGGGAAAGGUCACCUUGCGGCUGUUUUAUCACAUCAAAAAUGAACGAGAGAAUCAGGCUGCAGAUAACUGAGAUUUGCAUCAGGUGAGUUCUGUUGUAGCCCACUAUGUGUCUCAUGUUAUAGCCAGUAAUGCUAAUGUAGCUGUUUCAUUGUCCCUGGUUAUUUUUUGCAUGUGAAACAUGGAAGAGAACAGGCCUGAAGCCAUCCAGCUAGGAACGACUGCAAGGAAGGGAACAGAAAAAGAGUGGAACGCAGAAGCAGCUCAGGGAGAGAGCAAUAGUGAUGAGCCCAGUGGGAAGCAUAUUUCUUAACCUGAAUGAUUUGGACGAGCCUGUCCUCACUGUCCACCAGACCAUCAGUGAUGUGCGUGGCAGUUUCUACCAGGAGAAGACAGUCUUCCUUCGGUGCACAGUCAACUCCAAUCCACCGGCUCGUUUCAUCUGGAAACGGGGUUCAGAGACCCUCUCCCACAGUCAGGACAAUGGAGUCGAUAUCUAUGAGCCAUUGUACACCCAGGGAGAAACCAAAGUUCUGAAGCUGAAAAACCUGAGGCCUCAAGACUAUGCCAGUUACACAUGUCAAGUGUCUGUUAGAAAUGUUUGUGGCAUUCCUGACAAGUCAAUCACCUUCGAGCUUACCAACACAACAGCUCCACCAGCCCUAAAGUUGUCUGUGAAUGAGACUUUGGUGGUAAACCCCGGGGAUAAUGUCACCAUACAGUGUUCUUUGACCGGUGGAGACCCUUUGCCCCAGGUGGUCUGGUCCCACUCACCCAGCCCCAUGCCCCUUAAUAGCCUUAUUCAAGGGGGCAACCUCACCAUCUGGGGCAUCCAUGUGGAAGAUUCAGGGUACUACAAUUGUACGGCUAUCAACAAUGUGGGGAAUCCAGCCAAGAAGACUGUGAACCUCUUGGUGCGAUCCAUGAGAAAUGCUACAUUCCAAAUUACUCCUGAUGUGAUCAAAGAGAGUGAGACCAUCCAGCUGGGUCAGGACUUGAAGCUGUCAUGCCAUGUGGAUGCUGUCCCCCAAGAGAAGGUUUCCUACUUCUGGUACAAGAAUGGGAAGCUGGCCAAGGUCUCAGAUCGGCUUGUUGUCAUCAAGAAUGACCCUGAACUCCCACCAGUGACCAGCAGCCUGGAGAUAAUUGACCUUCGCUUCACUGACUAUGGAACCUACCUGUGUGUGGCUUCUUUCCAAGGGGCACCCAUCCCUGACCUCAGUGUUGAGGUGAACAUUUCUUCAGAAACAGUGCCUCCGACCAUCAUGGUGCCCAAGGGCCAGUCCAUCAUCAGUGUCCGCGAAGGCUCCCGGGCAGAACUGCAGUGUGAAGUGCGAGGGAAACCCAAGCCUCCCAUCAUCUGGUCCCGAGUAGAUAAGGAUGCUCCUAUGCCUUCAGGUGCCAUGACUGUGGAGACUAGUGACGGGAAGCUGCAUCUGGAAGGUGUGACUCGAGAAAUGAGUGGGACUUACAAAUGCCAGACAGCCAGGUACAAUGGCUUCAACAUUCGACCCCGAGAAGCUCUGGUGCAGCUCAACGUACAGUUCCCCCCAGUGGUAGAGCCGGCUUUCCAGGAUAUCCGGCAAGCAGUGGGGCGCAGUGUUGCCCUUCGCUGUACCAUGUUGAAGGGGAGUCCUACCAAGGUGGCUACAGCUGUCUGGCGAUUCAAUGGAAGUUUGCUGACAGUACCUCCAACAGAGCAGCAGGACUACUCUGAAUAUAAACUGGACAGUGUCAGCCGGGAUACCAGUGGCAACUACGAGUGUAGCAUCUCCAAUGACGUAGGGGUGGCAACUUGCCUCUUCCAAGUAUCUGCUAAAGCUUACAACCCAGAGUUUUACUAUGACACCCCUAACCCCACCAGGAAGCAAUCCAAGAACUACUCCUAUAUCUUGCAAUGGACGCAGAAGGAACCUGAUGCUGUUGACCCCGUUCUUAGUUACCGGCUAGAUGUCCGCCAGCUGAAUCACAGGGAUUUGCCUCCCAAAUCUAUUUCCGUGAGGAAGAUGGAGAAGGGCAUGCUACAAGAGCACCUCCUGACUGACCUGAAGGUACCUCAGAGUUACGAGGUUCGCCUGACGCCCAUAACCCGCUUUGGAACUGGGGAUAUGGCUUCCCGGAUCAUCCACUAUAAAGAACCAAUCAGCUAUCCCAACCCAGUAGAUAACACUUGCCACUUUGAGGAGGAGAAGAUCUGUGGUUAUAUGCAGGACACAAUGGACAACUUUGAUUGGAUUCGUCAGAGUGGUCUUACCCAUGAUCCCAAGCGCUCUGCCAACACAGGCCCAACCACGGACUUCAGUGGAACACCAGAAGGCUACUACAUGUUCAUCGAAGCCUCUGCACCCCGAGUGAAAGAUGACAAAGCCAGGUUAAUCAGCCCAAUGUACAACAUGACUGCCAGAUUCUGUGUCUCUUUCUACUACCACAUGUAUGGGAAGCAUAUUGGCUCCUUAAAUCUCUUGGUUCACGUGAAGAAUAAACAGCCCACACAAGCCUGGUCACUCAAAGGGAACAGAGGGAAUUCCUGGCAACAAGCACAUGUUCCCAUCAACCCUGCAGGACCUUUCCAGAUUAUCUUUGAAGGUGUGCGUGGCAUAGGUUCGGAGGGAGAUAUUGCCAUUGAUGAUGUUACCCUUAAAAAGGGCAACUGUCCAAGGAAGCCAACUGUUCCAGAUAAAGCGGUUGCCCCUCCAGGAAAUGGUGCCAGCACCCCACACAAAUCUCCCCUCUGUGGGCCACUACUUUUCUUCCUUUAUGUGCUGCUCAGAUGAUAGCCAGCAAGUGCUCCUAUCUUCUAGACAAGACAUUCCUCCUCCUUUCCUACUUGGUCACCUCUGCUCCUCUUCCUCCCCCUCCUCACUGGCACACCAAAGUGUCCAUACGCUACCAAAGACUAACAAGCAUGACCACACAAAGGGGAUCCACCUCAGAAGCGGAAGGAUUCCUGGAGGAAGUCAUCAUGUCUAAAAACAAAACAAAACAGUUAAAACAAAUCACAAAAGACAGCGAGAGAGGGAGGAAGCCCUGGAAAGAAGCGACACAAACCAUGGAACGAAAGGCAAAGAUGAGAAUGAAACAGAUAUUUAAAGGAUGAAUGAAAGGGGGGGAAAGUCACGUUUCCUUGGGAACAGUGGAUGGGACUUCCUCAGGGAAGUGGGAACUUUGUUUUAAACAAAAACAAAAUAUAUUAAAGCACAAAUUUCUACCAGAACUGUUACCUUCUUUGUGGGAGAGCCACAAUUGAGGGGACAUUCUUGCACAGUGUUCCGCUUCUGGAUCAUUGUGUUAUGACCUUUCCCUGGCUGGCUCUGCACCACCUCCCUGCUGCAGCACCACCUCACCCUUCCAAAACCGCAUCCCACUUGUCUCCAUUAGGGGCUACUCCCUCCCUGUGCGCAGGUGACCGUAGAACCCUGCCCCCGCUGCAUGUGCUUCAGAGUCUCCAUAUGCAUUUUCAAGACUCUCAUGUAUUUACUUGUCCAUGUGCAGUUUGCUUUGGCACAUCCCCCACACCUCUGUGCUCUCCAACUUCAGCUCAAGGAACAAAACAGAGAAACAAACCUGUUGUGGAUUAUGAAGAUGGAUGGAAAAAUCCGGGGCAGACAUUAGCUGCGGGAUCAGCUGUUGACAUCCUCCCCCUUUUCCCCCUUCUCAAGCUGCUCAACUCUCUCCUGUUUGUACUUGUUUCUCUCCACCGUCAUGGAGGCAGACUCUCAGUCCAGCACAGGGAUUGAAAGAAAAGGUCUCUUGGUUGGGGACCAUGGUAGGGCAGCCGAACAGUGACGUUGCAGCCAGUCAGUGUCAAAGCGUGAUCUACAGAAGCCUCGAGGCAGAGAUCUCUUCUCAUCUUUUCUUUGAUUAAUGUAUCUGUUUUCCACAUCUUUUCUGUAACUCUACCAUCAUGAACAACUUUUGUUUUACUGCAGGGAGAUUUAUACAUUACCUUUUAUCUUCUCCUAAACCUUGCUCAAGUCACCCCUUAUGACAUCUGAAAGUGCAAUUGCUGCUUGUUAACUCUGGUACUAACGAUGGCAUAUUACUAGUUGCAGGGUUUGGAUAACUUGGUGCUGUGUUUACUACUCAAGGAUGAGGCAGCUGCAUCCCAGUUGCACUCGGAAGUGGGAGACAGUUGGAGCCUUCCAGUGUGGUGUGAUCAGAGGAAGCAGGAAAUGAUACAGGCAAUUAUGGGGAUUGGGAAAAGCAGACUGCUUGGUUUCAAAAAUGAAGAUAAUCAGGAUUUCACAGGAACACAGAAUGCAGACAAAGAUAAAGACUAAAAUCACGUUUUCAGAGUCUCCAUGCUACCACUGUGAGAGAACAAGUUAUCUCAGGAAAGUAAGCUUGCUGUUCCCACCUUCAACUGGGCAAUUUAAGCCUACAAAGUCAUUAGGUCCACCUGUACAUUAUGAAGCCAGGAGGGAGUGGUCUACCCAGUAUGAAUAAGGCAGAGCUUGUUGUAGCGAUGAACUGCUCUGGAAAAACCAUACUUUGCCCCUACUAUGAUAAGCAAGUAUGUAGAGGGUUUCCAUACAAGUAUGCCCACUGCAUCCACUACUUCUGCAUUGUGAAUUGCAUUUGCAUUUCAGAAGCAACAUGGGGCUACUUUAAGUAGAAUGCCCAGUAUUUUUUUCUCCCAAUGUUCCUCAAUGUCUUCUCAACAAAUCUCAGCUUCUCCAGCCAAUAAUGUAAAUAUUUGUUGGAGGGUUAGAAUAAUCUAGAAAAUGCUGAUUGUCUAGGCUUCCCCAGUGUCCAAUGCUUCAUCUCACACAAAGAAGGAAAUGUAUGUUACAUUGGUAUUCACAAGGCUGAAUUAUUGAAUUGAUAAGGAGGGUACAGAGUACAUUGUCAACCAGUUCAGGUGCCUAACUGUGGCUGAAUUAUCAUGAUGGUUCUCAGUGUGGUAAAUAUGCUAGUUGUGCUCCUACUUGUCACUUCUUCAAAUCUCAAAUCAUAAUGGCUGUUAUCUUCAUUCUAAGAGAGGGAAAUAGUGAUGCAUAUGAAGGAAGAUUUACAUUUUUUGUAGCAUGGGCAGCAAGAAUGUGUAAUGUAUCUGCUGCAAAAGAAGGCGGCCAUGUGGGGUAGAUGAGGGGUGAGAGAUUAAAUGUGUAGGUGCAUGGCAGUAUUUGUCUAACUCUGCCUCAGUAUUUGAAUGCUGACAGAAGAGAAAAGGUAUUUUUUGGCUGUCCAGAACAUUAUUUAACCAUAAGGUCCUCAUGUUAUUUAAUCUGGAUCUGACGCUAUGCUUUCUUGAUAAGAACAAACCUGCUGGAUCAGGCCCAAGGCAUAUCUAGUCCAGCAUCCUGUUUCCUACAACAACAACAACAACAACAACAAUAAAUAUAGUGGUCCACCAGAUGCCCCUGAGAAGUCCACAGGCAAGAAGUGAGAGCACACCCUCUCUCCUGCUUUUGCUCCCUUGCAAAUGGUAUUUAGAGGCAUCUUGCCUCUGAGGCUGGAGGUGGCCUGUAGCCCCCAGAUUAGUAGCCAUUGAUCUGGCUCUGAGACAACCCAUUAUCAUACCCCGGCACACAUAGAAUCUAGAAUUCUUCAUGGCCUACCACUUUAUAAUCUGUUGGCAUUGCUGAUAAAGAAUCCUGCUCAGCUAUCAGCUAUCUCUUACUAAAUGGAAAAUACUGAACUGUUGGUGGGGGGCUGGGGAGCAGAAAACUGGAUCUAGUCAGGGAAACUUCUAAGGCCUCCAUUACAGUCUUUGCCCCCACCCACCUUUAAGAAUCGGAGAUUACAUGCCACCACCAUCACACCAUCAUUUUUCGAUUCCAGACUUGUUAAACCUAUUUGCAGGCAAGCACUUAAACGUGAAGCGGUAUCAGCUAUCCACAAAGAGAGACUAAAUGUAGAUUCAGUCAGUCAAGAGUCAUACUGUAGUAUAGACAUGUGAAAGCUCACCUAACUGUAAUGCGAAGUUCUUGUGAAGCUUCCAGCCACAUAGAUAAGGCUGGUACAACUCCCACCUUCAACUUCCCUAGAUUUCCAAACUGCUGACUCAGUCAUCUGGAACAGUAGAGAGUAUCUUUUUAGGGGGAAAGGCCAUUUUGUUUUAUGAACUGACAAACACAAAUCCUUCAUUUAACCAACUUGCCUUCUUUUGAACUGCAAGUCAAGAGACCAAGCAUUGAAAAGGGAGAGAAGCAAUCUAGGUUAGCAUCUGUCUUAUGGAUCAUCUAUGCCAGGGGUUCCCAACUGGUGGUACUUUAGAUGUUGCUAAACUACAACUCCCAUCAUCCCCAGGUAGCUACAGGGGUUUAGCUAGGGGAGAUGGAGUCUGGGUUAGCCCCUCUCCCUGGCGGCCCCUCAGAGUGAGGGAGAUAAUGAGGAAAAUAGGGAGGGGUAGCGCUGGGGGGCCCCUCAAGAGCUGAGGGCCCCGGGUUCUUUGAACCCAUCUGCUCAAUUAUAGCUAUACCCCUGCCCAGGUAGUUGUAGUUCAGCAACAUCUGGAGUAUCACUGGUUGGGAACCCCUGGAGGAGGGUCUCACGAUCAAUGAGACCCACUUUGUUCGAGUUUGCGGGGAGAGUGGGCUAAGAAUGUGACUGGUCGUGUGGAAAGCAAAGAGAUACACUGCAGAUCAGGAGCUGCUGCCACCCUUCUCUCUGUCCAUGUUCUACAUCAACAGUAUGGUUUCUGCAACCAUCUUUGUAACAAUUUGGAAGGACUAGGGGAGUGUCCAUCUGUGCACACAGAUAACACUAGAUUCUCUUGUGGGGUCUGAUCAGAUAUUCAGCUGUCACUGGAUCAGGUAUCUACCAACAGAUAUCAGCCAUUCACUCGUCAGAGAAAUCUCAGGGAGCCACAUUUACUGAUCCCCCUCUUGGUUUCAUUCUCCCGAGUUCCUUUCCUGAGAGAGAGAGUGUGAGAGACAACGAGGGAGAGAGUGCUGCUUUCUCAAGUGUCUUAGCUUGUCAGAAGCAUGUAGGCUAAAAUGAAAAAUGCUAUGUCAUUGUCCAAAUUGCUAAGAGUAAGAGUGGAAUCAGCUAGAACAAUAGGAAGGAUGCCAUGCUUAUGCAGGACGGAGCAGAUCGUGCAUAAAACAUAAGACUUCAACCAAAAUAACUCAUACUGGGAGCUCAUAAACACUUGCAAGAAAAGCAGAGUUCGGUUACAUUAGUACGUGAACAUUUAGACCUCCAAGUAAAUGUCAGGUACUUUCAGAGAAGUGUUAUUAGCCACUUAGGAAUCAACAGCUACUUGUCGCUUAAUGACUGUCAGGUGUUGCGCUGUUUUUAGAGUACAUAUAAAAUCAUUGUCCUGAUCUAUUAUCAAAGUGGUACUUUUCAUGGAGUGCAAAGAACUUAGAACCCCAGUUCCCUAGACAGACAAGUUUUUUAUAAAUGUUAACUAUAUUCUGCCAUUUUAAAGGAAGACUGCGGUCUUAACUGAACAUUGUUUUCUGGUGUGAGGUAGCUACUACAUGAUACACUACUUCUCCUUCUCCCCCUGCCACCCAAGAGGCUGCAUCACAUCAGUGAGUGAGGGGAAAGUGUAAGUAGCAGAUGAAUCUGUCACAGAAGGUACCAGCCAUCUGAGAUACUGUCAUUUUCAGCAAGACAUAGCGGGUGGGGGUAGGGCAUUGCAAUAAAGGCCAGUUACAUUACAUAAUAAUCCAGUUACAUAUUGAAUGCAAGCUGAUGUAGCAUAGACAGUUCUUAUGUUGCUAUUUGCAACAUCUAGGGGUCUUUCUUCCCCUCCAACUCUGUGCAGUCAUAACGUUCUGAAAAACAAAUUCUGUGUGACCUAAGCUUUCCAUGCUUGUGUAGUCAAGCCAGUCAAAUUAGGGCUUGAAUUCCAACCAGAAGGAGCAAAAUGUGUCUCUUACGCUGAAGGGUGAGCUUUGCAAACUGAUCAAAGAGUGACAUUCUAUUAUGUGAUCUAUCUAGCCAUUGGAGAAAGAUCUGUGGAAUGUCAGAAGAAAAGAGUGAAUCAAAGACAGGGAAAAUAAUUUCUGAUGAUUAAAAAGCCUGGUGCUUAUAGUGCACAAACAGUAAAAUAAUAAUAAUAAUAAUAAAGUGGCACAUUUUAAAACAUGUAGACUGAUGCAUGUAGCUGUUUUAUCUCCAGCCAUCUUUGUGCAAAACUACUAACAAUCCUUUGCAUGUAUGGAAAUAAUUCCUAGAGUGCAAAAGGUGAUCAAUAUGAAUGGCUUCUUCAUGGAGCCAGAUUAGUCCACUUUGUAAGAGAUUUGAAGGAUUGAACUUCUGUGUCAUGCCAGAUGACUUUAUAAUGUAACAGAUAUAAAGUUGUUGUUAAAAGAUAUGGCUGAGGGUCAGAUUAGAUUUUUCUUUAAAUGCA